CCUGUUCCUGUUCCUGUUCCUGUUCCUGUUCCCGUUCCCGUUCCCGUUCCCGUUCCCGUUCCUGUUCCUGUUCCUGUUCCUGUUCCUGUUCCUGUUCCUGUUCCUGUUCCUGUUCCUGUUCCUGUUCCUGUUGUUCCUGUUCCUGUUCCUGUUCAUGUUCCUGUUCCUGUUCCUGUUCCUGUUCCUGUUCCUGUUCCUGUUCCUGUUCCUGUUCCUGUUCCUGUUCCUGUUCCUGUUCCUGUUCUUGUUCCUGUUCCUGUUCCUGUUCCUGUUCCUGUUCGUGUUCCUGUUCCUGUUCCUAUAGAGGAACUGACAAUUCCGUUGCACAUCUUUUGUAAAAUACCGUACUGA